GUCAAAGUCAACGUGUCUCUCUCUAUUUCUCUCACUUUCCCAAGUCUCGUCUCAUCUCGUCUCUGUCUAUUGAGAUUUGAGAAGAGACACAGACAGAGAGAGAUUUGGCAGUGUUUAAUCAUCGUUAAUGGCGUUGCAGUUGUUGGUUCAGGCAGCGCUUGCUUUGUUCGGUGAUAAGAUCAAGGAUAAAGUCUCCGACUUGCUCGCCGACCACGGCCUUUCCACCGCCAUCUCCGCCUUCUCAUUGUUUGGCAGCGUUGAGCCGGAGGUGGACAAGCUCCGCCACACCUACGAUCGAAUCCAAGCCCUCUUCAAGGACGCCGAUGAGCGGCGCUACAUCGAAGACGAAGCCGUCAAGCUCUGGCUCCGCCAUCUCCGGGAUAUUCAUUUCGAGGCCGAUGACGUCCUUGAUGAGUUCCGGACAUUCCUCGGCGCCUCCGAGCUCAACUCCAAGAAGAGAAAGCGUCGAUGGUAUGAGUUUUUCAUGUCUAUGUUCCCUUCUUGUAGCCCAGGUCCGAUGCUCAAGCGUCGGAGGAUUAAGGGCACAAUUGAUGAAAUCCGUGAGAAGUUCGACUCGGUUGCUGAAGAUCGUGAGAAGCUUAGUUUGAGGCCUGGAGAUGCUAAGAGGAAGUCUAACCAGUCAAGAGAGAGCCAGAUUUGGCAAUCCACAGGUUCGCUUGUCGAUGAGUCACGGGUUCUUGGGAGGGAGGAUGAUCUCAGUGACAUUGUUGCCAGGUUAACUGAGAACAGUGGGGAUGAUAUCCAAGUGAUUUCGAUAUGCGGGAUGGGUGGGCUGGGGAAGACUACACUUGCACAACAGGCUUUUGGGAAUUUAAGAAUCAAAGCAACCUUCAGUUCCAGGAUGAGGAUUUGGGUUUCAGUACGGAAGGAUUUUGAUGUUGAGAGAACUACAAGGGAGAUUAUCGAGGCGAUAACCAAGACUAACUGCAAUGCUUUGAACUUUGAUGUGCUGCAAAAUAUGCUUCUUGAUCUGUUGGAAGAGAGAUUUCUGCUGGUUUUGGAUAAUGUAUGGUGGGAAGAUCCGAUGUUUUGGGAGGCAUUGAAGGUGCCUCUUGUUCUUGCAAAGUCAAAAGGGAAGCAAGGUUUUGGUGACAACUAGAAGCAGAAUUGUGUGCAACAUUAUGAGUAGAGAGCCU